GAGGUCGGGGAGGAGGCCGGGGCCGGGGCCGGGCAUGGCGGCGGACGGGGAGCGGUCCCCUCUGCUCUCCGAGCCCAGCGAUGGCGGCGGCGGCGGCGGCGGCGGCAACGGGCUGGUGGGGCCCGGAGGGGUCGGGCCCGGCGGAGGCCUGGUGCCCUCCGCGCCUCCCUACGGGGCGGGCAAACUGGCCCCGCCCCAAGCCUUUCCCCCUUUCCCAGAGGGGCGCCCGGCCGUGCUGCCCGGGGAAGACCCUCCCCCCUACUCGCCCCUGACCAGCCCGGACAGCGGCAGCGCCCCCAUGAUCACCUGCCGCGUCUGCCAGUCUCUCAUCAACGUGGAGGGCAAGAUGCACCAGCACGUGGUCAAGUGCGGCGUCUGCAACGAGGCCACCCCAAUUAAGAAUGCCCCCCCCGGGAAGAAGUACGUGCGCUGUCCCUGCAACUGCCUCCUCAUCUGCAAAGUGACAUCACAGCGCAUUGCCUGCCCCCGGCCUUACUGUAAAAGAAUCAUCAACCUGGGCCCCGUGCACCCGGGCCCCCUGAGCCCAGAACCACAGCCUCUAGGUGUCAGAGUCAUCUGUGGCCACUGCAAGAACUCCUUCCUGUGGACAGAGUUCACCGAUCGCACUCUGGCUCGCUGCCCUCACUGCAGGAAAGUCUCGUCCAUUGGGCGCCGCUACCCCCGCAAGAGAUGCAUCUGCUGCUUCCUUCUGGGGCUGCUGCUGGCCGUCACGGCCACGGGCCUUGCUUUUGGGACAUGGCAGCAUGCGCAACGGUACGGGGGCAUCUACGCGUCCUGGGCCCUGGUCAUCCUGCUGGCCGUGCUCUGCCUGGGCCGGGCCUUCUACUGGGCCUGCGUGAAGGUCAGCCACCCCGUCCAGAGCUUCUCCUGAGUGUGCCGCCCCGGCCCACGCCCGCAGACUCCCUGUGGGCCAUGGAAACACUACAGCCCCGGGGUGUGGGGCGCCGGAUGCUCUCUGCUCCCCGCUCCCCGGUGAGGCAGGGGACGGGAGCCAGGCGGCCUCCACUGGUGAGCGGGGGAGGGAGGGAGGGAGGGACCCAGGGCCCAGAACCACUAAAACUGCGGUGGGAGUGGGGGAUUCCCGGCUGUCCAACCCCUGCUCUGUGCCACCUCAUCCCUCACACAUUCCCAGCUGGAGGGGGGCUUGGGGUUCAAUACCCUCCCCUCCCCCCGCUCCGGACCUUACUGCUGCUAUUGCACUCGUUUGGACGGUGACCUCACCCUGCCCCCUCCACCCCCCAUUCUGGUGUGGGGCCGGCUACCGCUUUGUACAGAAUCACAGGAAUUGAUGUAUGUGUAUAUAGCUAUUUAAAAUGGGGUUUCCCCACCCCCGCUUUCUGUGCUUUCCCUGCCCCACCCGCCCCUGGGGUUGACACCCCAGUCCCGUGCUUGUAAAUAAACGAGGUUGUGAUUCCAUCCU